AUGCGUGCUGCGUUCUAUCUCUCGGCGUUCCUAUGCGCAUCAUCAGCUGCAGCUUCUGGUGCCAUCGAUGCCUUCAAACGAGUUGACAGAGUCCUAGAGCCUAGAGUCGCCGCCCAGCACAAUGCACCGGCCCAUAGCCAUGAGCGACUGCAGAAGCGUGCAUCGCCCUACCUGAACAACGUCACACAGAAGUUUGUUGUGGACGGUACAAAGAUCCCAGAUGUUGAUUUCGAUGUUGGCGAGUCCUAUGCUGGAUUGGUACCAAUCUCGUCCGCCGCCAACGAGACUCGGAAGCUCUUCUUUUGGUUCUUUCCCUCCACAAACCCAGCUGCUACAGACGAGAUUGUGAUCUGGUUCAAUGGUGGCCCUGGCUGCAGCUCCCUCAGUGGUCUCCUCACCGAGAAUGGUCCCUUCACGUGGCAAGCCGGCACAUUUGCUCCUACCAAAAACCCCUAUACCUGGGUGAAUUUGACGAACAUGCUCUGGGUUGAGCAACCUGUGGGUGUAGGGUUUACCCAAGGAACCCCAGACAUCGUGAAUGAGGUGGAACUUGCGCAACAAUUCAUGGGAUUCUACAAGAACUGGGUGGACGAUUUUCAAGUCCAAGGCAGCAAGGUCUACGUCACGGGUGAAAGCUACGGAGGGUACUACGUACCUUACGUAGCAGACGCUUUCAUCAAUGCCAAUGACACGACGUACUACAAUCUUGCGGGAGUGGCAAUCAAUGAUCCUAUUCUAGGUGAUGGAGACCUGCAGCAGGAGGUACCCGUCGUGCCAUAUCUGAAUCAUUGGGAAAACACGUUCGCCCUGAACGAGAGCUUCAUGGCUGCAGCCCAAGCGCGUGCCGACUCUUGCGGAUACACCGACUACAUCAACACCUACCUCACCUUCCCACCACCUGGUCCGUUGCCAUUGCCAAAAAACAGCUCCCUGGACUGUGACCUCUUCGACGAUGUAUUUUCUGCGGCGCUUGAAGUCAACCCAUGUUUCAACAUCUACCAUAUCCUCGACACUUGCCCUCACCUUUUCAACGUUCUUGGCAUUGUCAACCAAGGUGACUAUUUCCCUCCAGGAGCGCAAGUUUACUUCAACCGCAGUGAUGUGCAAGCCGCUAUCAAUGCGCCUGUGGGCACAAAUUGGAUGCAAUGCACAGACAUCAACGUCUUUGAAGGUCCUUACGGCAACAAUUCUCAAGGUGACGAGUCACUGGGGCCAGCUCAAGAUGGAGUUCUGGCACAUGUUAUUGAGUCCACAAACAAUACCAUCAUUGGUGUCGGAGGCUUGGAUUAUUUGCUUCCAAUUAAUGGUACCCUGUUGGCGCUUCAGAACAUGACGUGGAAUGGGCUUCAAGGAUUUCAGACCCCGCCGUCAAACAGCUUCUUCGUUCCCUACCAUCCGGAGUAUAAUCUGGGUUUCCUUGCGGGAGCCGGUGACCUUGGCCAAUGGGUAACUGAACGAGGCUUGACCUUCUACCAUGUUGACCUGGCAGGACACGAAUUGCCUGGGUAUACACCAGGGGCUGCGUAUAGAGUUGUCGAGUUGAUGCUGGGAAGAAUUUCGUCCUUGAGCCAGACAGGAGAUUUCACCACCCAGACGGGCAACUACACAGGCACGGUCCCCCUCACGAAGCGCGAAGGGUAUGGACGCAUGGUGAAUCGUGGACCGAAGGCUUAUGCCUGA